AUGUCGACAUUGCAACCAAGUGUUAUUGCCUCGAAUGGAGCCAAAACACGAUUAAAAACCUUAAAGGAUUGCGUUAUAUACGUUGACGUGCGGACUGAUGAUGGAUCAGAUGCAGGGCAGCUGUUUAUUAACAUGCUGAAAGGCUUAGGUGCACGAAUUCUCACUCGAUUGACGCCCAGCAUCACGCACGUCGUUUUCAAAUCUGGAUCACCGACUACGCUAGGGAAGCACAAGCUCUAUGACGAACCGAAACCAUUCUUGGUCGGUAUCGGUUGGGUUGUUGAGUGUGUGGAAAGGCGUGAGCGAGCGGAUGAAUCGCGUUUCCUUGUAGAUGAACCGGGGCCAGUAGUGAUGGAAAGAGUACGUCUUCUCGUGUGUAGUUGUGGAAUGAUAGUUCUAACCGGUUCUCAGAGACGAAAGUCCAUGCAGCCGAAGAUGGUUAUCGAGAGUGCUCUUGGCGCUGGGUUGAUUCCUCCAUCCCCUCCCAGACCGCUCGUCUCAACCAUGGAGGUUGAUUUCUUUCCUUCUCGUUCUGCUUUGUCGGACGGAGAUGUGACAAUAGUGGCCUCUUCGUCAUCACCCGUCAUCGUUCAAGGUACCAGUCAAUGUCUGUUGCGCUACUUUUAG